AUGGAGAACAGGACAGAAGUGACAGAGUUCAUCCUGCUGGGACUGACCAGUGACCCAGGUCUGCAGCUUCCCCUCUUUCUGACGUUCCUGCUCAUCUACACCAUCACUCUGAUUGGGAACCUGGGGAUGAUCCUGUUGAUUGUCUUGGACUCCCGUCUCCACACUCCCAUGUACUUCUUCCUUGGCAACCUGUCUCUGGUGGACUUUUGUUCCUCUUCUUCUGUCACUCCCACUGUCAUGGCUGAGCUCUUUAUGGGACACAAGAUCAUCUCCUACAAUGCUUGUGCUGCACAGAUGUACUUUUUUGCAGCAUUGGUUACUGUUGAAAAUUACCUCCUGGCUUCAAUGGCCUAUGAUAGGUAUGCUGCAGUGUGUAAGCCCCUGCACUACACCACCACCAUGACAACAAGUGUGUGUGCAAAUCUGGUCAUAAGCUCUUAUGUGAUUGGUUUCCUGAACGCCUCCAUCCAUAUUGGAGACACAUUUAGUCUCUCCUUCUGUCUGUCCAAUGUAGUACACCAUUUUUUCUGUGAUAUCCCAGCAGUCAUGGUUCUUUCUUGCUCUGAUAGACAUAUUAGUGAACUGGUUCUUAUUUAUAUUGUGAGUUUCUGUAUAUUUUUUGCACUCCUAGUUAUCUGGAUAUCCUACAUAUUCAUUUUUGUCACCAUCUUAAAGAUGCGCUCAGGUGCAGGACACAGGAAGGCUCUGUCCACCUGUGCCUCCCACUUCACUGCUGUCUCCAUUUUCUAUGGGACUAGUAUCUUCAUGUACUUACAGCCCAGCUCCAGUCAUUCCAUGGACACUGACAAAAUUGCAUCUGUGUUCUACACCAUGGUCAUCCCUAUGCUGAACCCUGUGGUCUACAGCAUGAGGAACAAGGAGGUCAAGAGUGCAUUCUUAAAGGUCAAGAAUGUCUUAAUUUGUUGGAGGAAAAAUAAUCUUUAG